CUCCCUCGCGCGGAGUACGCCCAUGUUCAUUUUGCCAAGAGAGGAAGUUUUACGGGAAGCUGUUCGGCUCAUGUUAGCUCAGAUCCUGCCUCCAAUUCAGGAUACAUUCGGCCUUUCCGGUGCAUCGGACCAGGGACUGCCUGUCCCCGGCUGCCUGCUGUUGUUUGAGUCCCGUGCUAUGCGAGAGUGAGCCGCCAUGAAGAAGCAAUUUCUUCGCGUGAAGCAACUCGCCAACCAAACAGUUGGGAGAGCGGAAAAAACAGAAGUUCUCAGUGAUGAACUGCUACAGAUUGAGAAGAAGAUAGACAAUGUAAAGCUUGCCACCCACAAUGUCACCAAGAAACUGUCAGCCUGCCAACAGGGUGGGGGGGACAACCUAGACAAGCGUAUGAAAAAGCUUCCUCAGUCAGCACUAUCACAGAGCAUGUUAGAGUCCUGUGCCCUGAUGGGGGAUGACACACUACUGGGGACAUUGUUCCAGUUGUGUGGGGAAGGACAGGGAAACCUCGCAAAGGAUCUCACCAACUACGAGAUGGAAGUGGAGAAAACAGUCAUGACACCACUCACAACUCUCCAGGAGGUGGACAUUCCUGCUAUCCAGACCCAGAGAAAGAGGUUAGCUAAGUUAGUCCUGGACAUGGACUCAGCCAGGAGCAGGUACCACUCUGCCAUCAGGAGCUCCAACACAGGAGGUAACCAGGCCGCCGCCAUGGCCAAGGCAGAGUCCCUGAAGGAUGAGAUGGACGAUGCACAGAGCCGAAUGAACCUCUGUCGGGAUGCUCUGGCCACCGACAUGUACCAGUUUGUGUCAAAAGAGCAGGAAUAUGCACAUAACCUGAUCAGUGUAAGUACUGCCUUAACCCUACCUGUCACUAGUGUUAGUGCAUUGUUCUGUAUACUUACCAUUGAACAAGCCAUGAUGAAGCCAGUGUACGGCCUGUCAUUAGAGGAACACCUGAAGCUCACAGAGAGAGACAUCGCCCUGCCGCUGGAGGCCUGCGCACUAGCUCUGCUGGAGUGGGGAAUGGAGGAAGAGGGGUUGUUUAGAGUAGCAGGUAGUUCCUCUAAGACAAAGAAAUUGAAGGCUGCUUUAGAUUCGGGUAUCAUCACUGGGCUGGCUGACUUGGAGGAGUAUGCACAGGAUGUCCACUCAAUAUCUGGUGCACUAAAGUUGUACUUGAGAGAGCUGCCUGAGCCGUUGAUGACCUUUGACUUAUUCCAGGACUGGAUGGAAGCAGGAAGUACUCAAGACCCACAGGUAAAACUACAGGCACUAUGGAGUGUGUGCGACAGACUGCCCAAGCAGAACUACAACAACUUUAGAUACUUGAUAAAAUUCCUGGCUACCAUCUCGGCCAACUCGGAAGUUAACAAGAUGAGUGCGAGCAAUCUCGCUCUGGUGUUGGCACCGAAUCUCAUCUGGUCACGAGAAGAAGGAGGACUUGGUGUGAUGGUGACAGGCGUGGCCUCCAUGAUUGUACAGACCAUCAUCCAGCAUGCUGAUUGGUUCUUCCCUGGAGAGUUUGAUUUCCAGCCGUCGACACCAGGCAGCGCGGGCAGCACGCCCCAGGGUUCCAGCACGAUGCUGUCCGCCGUGGGGGACAGCGCGGAACCCGUGAACGGCAGCGGGGACCACAGCCCGCUGGCCGACAAACACGCGGCACACACGGAGAGCACGCAACACGAAGUCACACAAUCAGAGGGGUUACAAAAGCAGGGCCAAUUUGGAGUCCCGACCCAGCCUAGUCCACAAGUUAGCCCUUACGUAAGCCCGCGGGUUAGCCCCACUCUUGGUAGGAAAAAGAAACAGCCUGCCCCCCCUCCCCCUCCUGGUAGAACCCCCGGCCGUGGGUCACCAGGGGCUGCACAGUUACUGGACACCAGCCUCAGCCCGCAACAAGACGCACCCGUCAGUACAGAACUGCCCAAAACCCCGGAGCGGCGAGUCAGUGGGAACACGUCCCGCCCGACCGCCCCCCCUCCCCCCAGGCCACGGGACAAAUCAAACUCCAGACAUUCUUCCAACACGUCACUCGAUAGUGUCCCAGCGACGUCGAGCGUUCCAGAAACGGCAGAUGCGGCCGGUGACAAACCGCCGAGUACGCCGGAGAGAGUUCCCCCCACCCCGCCAGGCAAGCCACCCAGACCAGCCCCCGCACGCCCUGAUGGCCCUCCCAAGAGACACACCUUGGAACAAAUUAAACCUAACCUCGAGCCUGCAAAAGAAGAAAGCAUCCCUCCCAUCAAAGCACCAGAGAGCCCUCCGCCAUCCACAGAACAACUAGAGAAACCCAUUGUAGCAAAAAGGCCAUCCAUGGAGAAGAAAACAGAAAUGGGGACAGCGGAAAAAAUUCACCCUCCCCCUGUAGCUGAUCGACCAAAACGGACUGGGUCCACGGGUACCAAACCCCAGCCAGCCCAACGCUCCAUUUCCUGCCCAGGUUCAGGACAAGAUAGCGAAGAAGCAAGGCCCAGGCUUAACAGUAAAGAGGAGGUGGCAGCUCUUUAGGUAAUGAUGAACACAGAACUUAGAUAAAACCAAGUGAUAUGUGGUCUUCUGGUAAAAAGUAAUGACUCUGUCUGAAGCUUCAUUUUCUGGCUGAUAUCAAACAGAAUCUUUUCAACAGUUCUUACUUUGAGGAGAGGCAGUUGUAGUAAUGUUUCCCACUAUUCUCAAAACCACACCAGAUUGUUUAUUGGCUGUGAUUGUACGUUCACUGGAUUCAAAGCAUGUACAUAACAGGACAUGUCAUACAUUGUAGGAGUUAUCAUGUUAUUAAGGAGUUAUCAUGAUUUUUACUUAACCCUUUAACAUGACUGCCAUGUUAUGAGGCUACGAAAAUCAUUUUUAUUUUACCAGUAAGGUAUUUUAUUAUCAAUAUGUAUUUGAAGGAGUUGGGGGAAUGUCUGUGGUGUCCUGAACAGAACAGAAGGUGCCUUUGUGAGCAGCAAUCAGGGAAAAGGAUGAGUUUGAGGAAGAUGUCAUAGCAUCUUUUGGUUUAUUUCCAUUCCAUAGUUAAAACACUACCUAUUUUGCAACAUCAUAACAAGAAACACUCAGAAAUGGGAAAUUUGGUAUAAGUCUAGACAUGGCUUUACUUCUCAGAACUUAGUACCGUAGAUGGAAAGAUAUUUAUUAUAUUGCUCUUCUACAAUUCCCCCUUUUCAAAAAAUUGUACUGGUUUACUCAGUUAUUGUUUCCUUCAACAACAAAAAUGCUAAUUUUGCACAAGCAUACAUAUGUAUCUCUGUUUUGUGCAAUGAAAGGAUUUUAGGAUGACACUUCAUUACUUACUUCGACUGAUCCCCUACUCAAAAGUUCAAAGUGACGUCCAUGUGCAUCAAGGCAGUAAUAGUGUAUUUGUUUUUAUUUUUGGUUUACUUUACAUUAUUUGUUUACGCUGUUGACGGGAAAGAUGGGCAUACUUUCAAUGAUUACACUGAGAUUAACAGUUACAUCUGGUGUCGUCAAGGGCAAAAAACUCACUGCAUUUGCACCUAAUGAGCUUCUUUACUAUGCAACAGCACUGUAUGUAUAUCCUGCUUUACUUAAGGUAUUCUUAGCUUUUUAAUAGGGCAAGGGAGUUGUGUCCAUAGGGCCUUUUGGUAAUGUUAGCAAAAAAGAAUUAUAUUGUAUUAUUUUGAUGGAAAAGUUAGCAUAUUUGGUAUACAGUGUAUUUGUACAUAAGGCAUUAAUAGAUGUGGUUCAACGUUAUUUUGUCAUUUCACUGUUUUUGGGGCUCUGCAAUUUGGAUGAGUUCAGAUGAUUGGAGGAUGUAUAGGCUCAGAAAGAUGGUGGUUUCUUACUGAUACCAUGGUUUUCAGUAAUCUUUAGUUAUUGUGUUCUUAAAAACCCCAAGCAUUAUAAGCCACUCUCCCCCUUUCAUAACUUCCCUUGCGAUAUUUGUUGAAGAGGAUACUAGUAUUUGGUACUCAUACAUGUAUGUCUUGUAUAAGAUUCUUUUGUUAGUUCAGGAACUUUAUACAGGUUAAGAGGUUACAAAUGGCCUUGACAAAUUCUACAAUAGAUCUUCUUUUGGUUUGUUAUUUUAUGUGAGGCAUAUCAUGCAUUAGAACUUUUGGCUCUUUUAAAUCAGUCCAGGAAAUCUAUUUGAAAGCAGUGAUCUUACAGAUGUUGCAAGUCGCUUGCACUGCACAGUACCAUAGUUAGCCAUUUUAUGUAGGUAAGAUUCAUAUAAUUAUAAAAUCAAAAGGCCUAGUACAAUUUUAAAACCAAGAGGACUUAAUUUGUAAUUCUUAUGAUUUUUUAAAGCUAUGUAAAUCAGAGGAAGUAGUGGGGUUUUUUUGCAUCAUCUGUAUGGAACAAUAUAAAUAGAUUUAGCAGAAACCAGUUUUUCUUUUAUGUUUAAAAAUGUAAGAAAAUUCUGUAACAAAUGUUUUUGAAAAAAAUGCAGUGAUAUUGCCAUGCUCUGUACUCGUGAUUUUAUACUUGAGCCACAAGAAAAUCAUAGGACUAACAUGUAUUGUAUGAUUGUAUUUUGCAUACAUUGUGAUGACGUACUGUAACUGUAUAUGCCCCUGUGCCAUGCAUAGCGGUUAACCAUUGCAAUGAAUAUUUCUAUACAACAUGGGCAUAACAAAAAUGUAGCAAGUUUCUUUUUGAUGCAGGCUCAGAGAAAUAAAUAGGUAAGAAUCUAAAGAUACAAUAAAGCAAAUCAACAAUA